CGGAAAUAUCACCCCCCGAAGCUACUCUUUUUUCUGUUGCUGGAUUCUACUCAUCGCAAAACCAAGAUUUCCUACAAGUCCUAGAGCUUCCUUUCAAAAGCAACUUUAUUUUCUCCUUUGUUAAGACUGCUCUCUUUAAUCUUUGUGUGCCUGUCAGCGAUACAGGGGAGGAUUUCUUCUUCCAUUUACUUGACCUCAUCUUGUCUUCUGUGUUUGCUUCUUUCAAUCCUCAACCCACCCCACCCUGACUUGCAUUGAUCUUCCUUUCAAUCCGACAGGAUUCAAUAGCCUCCAUCGAUGGGAGAUGACACGGGAAACGGCAGAAAUUCUUUCUUUCAGGGCAAUUGGCCCAUCUUUUCCCCUCAAUCACCCCAAGGGAACCAUCUAAUGCCCGGUUUUUACUCCUAUGCUACCUCAUCGCACUAUGCUCCAUCCUCUCCGCACUCGCCAGUAUCGACUUCGAGAAGUAUCAGUCCAACUGAUGGGCUGCAUCUAGACAUGAGCUUUCUCACGGACGAAUUGCUGAACGAUAUGGCGGGUGGGCAUAUGGCAAACAAUGGCAUACAGGGCAUACCUGUGGGCGAGGAUAACCCAUUGUCCCUGGUAGUCCCUACUAUCUCUCAAGCGCAGGGUGGCAUGCACGCCAAUCAUCUCGACCCUAUUCUGUCUCAACUUGCGACUGCAGUUGAAACGAAACUGCCACAGCAAGAUGCAGCUCAUCUUUAUGAGAUGAGAGACCUGCUCAGUGCCAGCCACAACAGACUUAUCAGGAUGAUUCAGCACCAGAUUGAUAUCAUAGAGUAUCCAUCUCAUUCGCCCGGUUCGUCUGACUCGCCUGGCAGCCCGCACAAUGGAUACAACUACGUCUGCAAACUCUGCCCCAAUGGAAAGCGCAAAUCUUAUACGGAGCGUGGUAACUUCAGGCGUCACGUCUCAGACCAACAUCACUCUGAAUUUCGCUAUCAGUGCGUACAUCCACGAUGCUCCUGGGCAGCAAACAGACGGGACAAGGUUUAUUACCACAUGAGAAACCAGCAUAUGUACCAAGUGUCUCGAACGCAAAUAGACCGAAAGACAAUUAGACAGAUGCCACCACGCCAAUGUGGGCUAUGUCCACAGCCCGUAAACUGCUGGGCGGAGUACUUCAAGUGCGUUGCCAACCAUUGUCGUGUCAGGAAAGUCGGUUCGACCACUUCAAGUGCAAGCCAGAGUAGACGGGGCAGUGAUGAUCGCGGAGGAGGGGGCAAUAACGGACCUGGCUUCGGUGGGAAUUUCUUCCCUGGAGGUGGUUUCGGUCAAUUUGGUCCGCACCAGUUCUACCCUGGCAACAAUGGGGGAUUUUCUUCGACUGGUGCCGGUCAGGCUAAUAGCCAUUACGGUAACAGUUUCUCUGGCUACAGGGGCGCUACAAACCGAGAUGACGAAGAGUUUACCUCAGGCUACUCCUCCGUUGAAGCUGAUGCUGUCUCAGAUAUAGCUCCAUCAUCGUCUUGCUGCUCCAGCGACGUACCACACACGGUGGAAGUUCCUGCCCCAUCUAAUAUCACAAGCCAGCAUUUGGCACUGAUGCAGAUGGCAGAGAGAGCUGAAAGCUGCGACUCGGUCUCCCACGGCGAGGAUUGCCCGCCAUCCACACCUGGUGAAACGGAUAUAAGCAACCCGGGCGACAAAGCUUAUCGCCGUAUAUCACGGCCUUCCGGUAGCACGGAUCUAACCCCCAAGCGGGGCUUCCCUCCUAUGGCUGAUGAUAGUUCCGAGAAGCGGUGUCAAGGCUGUGGACACAUUUUCGACGAUUGCGAUAAGUGCCGUCGUCUAAAGGGGACCUCCUUCCAGUGCCACUUGUGCACAGACAGUAGCUGCAAGCUCCACGCUUUUGAGAGAGACCUGAAAGGAAGCGGAGAACCGCAGAGCUCCAGGCAGGCAAUUGAUGAAGGUGAUAUAGGUGUUCUUGCGCACCCACUCCGGGCUGAUCAUUGUUCCCUGUCGCCAAGUGAGCACCCUCUGGAGUCUCCGUCCCUCGGUGAUUAUGAUCGGCAUACAAAACCUGAAGAAGGUUAUCAUCUAGGAGCUCGAGUAUCAUCGGGUGGCCGUACCCUUGGCUUGGGAGCUUCCAAUGAUGGGGAAGUACAUUCUGGCAGACCUGGUUCUCUUAGUCGGGAUUCGCCUGUUGGCUCUGAAGAGACUUGUUCCCCGAUAAGUCUGGACACUUCAUAUUGCCAAGCGCUACCUUCUCUGGACACCAAAGUACCACGAGAAGAAGUCGAAGCUGCUCAUGGGUAUGGAAUCGGUAAGCUAAUGAUGACCAAGGAGUUGAAACAAACACUCGAUAUGUUGUCUGUUGCGGAGUCGACAUAUCAGUCGUACGAAAUCCUCUCAUUCUGUGUCUUGAAUGCAGUGCAAGAGUUUUUCGACCAGAUGCUUGUCUCUUGGCUCGUCUGCGAGGCCGCCCUCCUAGAAUCAGUGUCAUUGUCGUACUGUAUCGGUGGAAAGGGCAUUUCGGGGAAACAAACCGAAUCCGCCAUUAGUCGGCGCUACGUACCCUAUCCAUGGGAAAGGAUGUGUUACCAAUCCACAGCUAGACAAAUUCCGCGGAGAAAGCAUUCACUGCUGCGAACGAAGCUCCAAGUGAUCUCCGGGGUCCUCAUCCUGCGUGCCACUGUUAUGAAGAGGAAGCCAUUGAUGAAUUCAUUCACAGACACUUCCGCGGAAGUUUCUGAGCCUAGCAAGGUAGGCACUGAGCUCCAGGUAAUUGAACAAGGUAUCCAUGCGGCCCCAUCUAUCGAAGUGAUGUUCAGCCGAGGCACAGAGGUGGUAGCGGACGCAUUCUCCAGUUUGAUCACCGGCGUCAUGUCUGCAACGGAAGAAGAGAUGGAAUACUUCAAGCCCCUAUCCGCGCAUAUUUCGAACCUCUUCACAAGAGGAUUGUGGCUCGGAGACGAGAGCCUGACUGAGUGACUCUAUUGCCUCUGUAGAGGCUAUUUCGGUUGACUUUUUUGGAAUGUACACUUAAUAUUUUCUUUAGUCACGAAUCUUACGACCGCAUGACUUGAUGUUGAUAUCCCUUACAUGUGUAUAUUAAUAUGUGACACGAGCUUCAUGACUCGUUAAUAUGAAUCUUGAUACACAUUUUGAAUAAUGAA